AUGGGUUCAACAACAGACCAUGCCUUCAACGUCUAUCGUGGCACCUUCAUCCAACUUAGUCGUCUGCCCGCGUCGGGAUCCAAGCCUGAACUAUGCCGCGACAAAGGUGCUCUCUGGGUCUCUACCGCUGACGGCCGCAUCAAAGGCUGGGACUGGAAAGCACACGACGAUAAUGGUUUUGAAGACUUGAUGACUCGUAGCAGAUGGGUUGACUUGGACGAUGUUGAGGCUACAGACGUCAAGUUUCAUUCCGCAAAGACCAAAGUCAAGGUUAUUAGAGCCGACGAAGAAAGAAACGAGUUCUUUUUCCCGGGCUUCAUUGACACACACAUCCAUGCACCACAAUAUCCAAACGCCGGUCUUUUCGGCUCUUCAACCCUGCUAGACUGGCUAGAAACCUACACCUUCCCAGUAGAGUCUGGCUUCGGCGCUCAACCAGACCCUAAAGCAGGGCUACAAACACAGACUAAACCAAACGACACGCCCAUCUCAGGGCAAAACAUCUACAACCAAGUAAUUGCCCGCACCCUCUCUCACGGGACAACCUGCGCCUCAUACUUUGCAACAAUCCACAUCCCAGCAACGAACGCCCUUGCAGCCCUCUGUCACGCCCGCGGCCAACGCGCCUUCAUCGGCAGAGUCUGCAUGGACAACCCAAAAUUCUGUCCAAAGUACUACCGCGACCUCUCACCCGACGACUCCGUAGCUGCAACCCGCGAAACGAUCAAGUUCGUUCACGAACUUGAUCCGUCCGGCCAGCUCGUCCGGCCAAUCGUCACCCCGCGCUUCGCACCUACGUGCUCGGAGGCCGCGCUACAGGGCCUCGGUAAAUUGGCGGCGGAGUUCGACCCUCCGCUGCACAUUCAGACGCAUAUCUCUGAGAACAGGAAUGAGGUCGACCUUGUUAAGGAGCUUUUCCCUGAAGCUGAUAGCUAUACCGGCGUGUAUGAGAAGCAUAAUCUGCUUACGCCGCGUACGAUCCUCGCUCAUGCGGUUCAUCUAACGCCUGAGGAGCGAAAGCUUGUUCGUGCGCGCGAUUCAAAGAUCUCGCAUUGUCCGGCGUCGAACUCGGCGCUUGGGUCGGGGAUUUGUCCCGUGAGGACUUUUAUCGAUGAGGGAAUUACGGUUGGACUUGGUACGGAUGUGAGUGGUGGGUACAGUCCUAGUAUUCUUGAAGCGGCGCGACAGGCGUGUCUUGUUUCGAGGCUUUUGGGACAUACCGCUCAGUGGAAAGAGGACCAUCCCUGUGUUGACAAGAAAGAUGAGGGCCGUGAGAAAAUUUCUGUUGCUGAGAGUCUGUAUCUCGCUACGCGGGGUGGUGCUGCGGUUGUUGAUAUGGCCCAGGACAUUGGUGGUUUUGAUAUGGAAAUGUUGUGGGAUGUGCAGUUGAUUCAGCUCGGUGGUGUGAAGGGGACCGAACAGGGUCCUCUGGGUAGUGUUUGCAAUGGAGUCAAGGAUAAUGUGAAUGCCGGCCCUGUGGGAAAUGUUGAUCUCUUUGGGACGGAGACCUGGGAAGAGAAAAUCGAGAAAUGGGUCUGGAGUGGCGAUGAUCGGAAUGUGAAGGCUGUUUGGGUUGGUGGAAGGUUGGUGCAUACAAGGGGGUAA